AUGGGAGGUUUGUUUUUUUUUUCUUCAUUAACGUUCAAAUUCCCGCCUGUCUCACCUCUCAUUUUGUUUUGUGUUUUUCCCCCCUUCUCUCGCCAUCUUUUCUCUUUUGACCAAAAUCAUUCUACUCCCCACUCUCGCAGCAGGCACUGCAGGCGUAUCCACUGGCUGUCCUCAACGGGCGAAAACAGACGCCAUUGCCGUAACUUCGCUCCGAUCUCUGCAUCUUGCUGCAACACAGCGGCCGAGGCAUCGUCGGUUUCUGGCGAAUCAAACCCUAGCGGUUUUCACUUCACCGCCCAGCCAAGCAUGAACCGUUUCCACAUCUACGAAGCUAUUGGCCGCGGCAAGUGCUCGACUGUGUAUAAAGGGAGGAAGAAGAAGACGAUCGAGUACUAUGCAAUUAAGAGUGUAGAUAAAUCGCAGAAGAGGAAGGUUCUUCACGAAGUUAAGAUUCUUCACUCUUUGGAUCACUCAAACGUGUUGAAGUUUUACUCCUGGUACGAGACUUCUGCUCAUUUGUGGUUAGUUUUGGAGUAUUGUGUUGGAGGAGAUCUCAGGACAUUGUUACAGCAGGAUAGUCAGCUACCAGAAGACUCAGUUCAGGAUUUCGCACUUGACUUGGUGACAGCCUUGCAGUAUUUACACUCAAAGGGGAUCAUCUAUUGUGAUUUAAAACCAUCUAACAUCCUCUUGGAUGAAAAUGGACUCUUAAAGCUUUGUGACUUUGGAUUGGCAAAGAAGCUAAGUGAUAUAUCUAAAACACACUCUUCGUCAACAGAAGCCAAAUGUGGAACGCCCUGUUACAUGGCUCCUGAGCUGUUCGAGGAUGCAGGUGUCCAUUCCUAUGCUUCUGAUUUUUGGGCCCUUGGUUGUGUGCUAUAUGAGUGCUAUGCAGGGAAACCUCCUUUUGUGGGAAAAGAGUUCACCCAGCUAGUGAAGUCCAUUGUCUCAGAUCCAACUCCACCACUUCCUGGCAAUCCAAGUAGACCCUUUGCGAACUUGGUCAACUCUCUCUUGGUCAAGGAUCCUGCUGAAAGGAUUCAGUGGAGUGAGCUCUGUGGGCAUGCUUUUUGGAAAAGCAAACUUCCUCUGAUGUCAUUACCACCACAACCUGCUUUUGAUAGCAUGAUUGAAUUUUAUGCUAGGCCAUGCCUGUCAGAACACAACGGAGACAGAUCUCUUCAAAACAAAACCCCCACGGAAGGUCGUGAAAGAGAUGCAAGAGUAACUCCAAGAAAAGAUGAGAAUUCACAGUCGGGAUUAAGAGGUUUUGAGACCCCAGUCAAGGGAACACCUGGCAGCAAAAGACCACAAACAAAGGCCUCCGGCAGAGCAGUUGAGGAGAAGCAGAAAGAUAAUUCUUCUGCUAAUAGACGCAUUAAUCUGUUAAGGUUAUCAAGAGUAGCAAAGACAAAUUUGCAGAGGGAGAAUGAGAAGGAAAACUUCAGGAGGCCCUUGGCUAAUGCCUCUGAGAACGAUUCAGAGAUUAAAAUGGAGAACACAGAUAUGGAGCUUGAUUUCAAUGAGAACACAGAAGAUGACACACAAGAUGAACCCGAAGGGUGUGACAAUUCAAUUUGUACGCCUGGAAGGGUUGAUAACCAUGUUCAGCCAAUGGACAUUUCUCCUGUAACCAGCACCCCUGCGUUAGAUGAUCAAGGAACAAAUGACUUAGAAUCACCAUCCGAGACUGCUGACAUGGGAGGUGAUACUCCAGUCAGUGCCAGUCCUCAGCCUAAACAUCAGAGAGUUAAAGAAGGUUUGGGGUCAGCACAUGAAUUUGACUCCUCAAAGUCUUCUAAUAACAUCUCCGAAGUACUUUGGCAUCCAUCUGAUCUUUCAGUGAGACCUGUGAUGCCCAGCAGAAAAGGGGAUAAGACACAUGAGGCACCUCCUUCUCUUCCUUUUGAGGCAUUGCAGCCAACUGAAUUGUUGAAGAUGACCAAAGAGCAGCUUCAUUCAGUCAAUGCAAAAAUUGUAUCAAUAUUUAAUGGCAACACCAGUGUUGGGGAGAAACAGAAUGCAAUUAGAUACCUUGAGAUGUUGAGCAACAAUGCUGAGAUAGCUAACAUCUUCACUAAUGGACCAGUGAUGCUCAUACUCGUUAAAAUGCUUCGGUUGUCCAAGGCUUCAACAUUACGAGUGCAACUUGCAUCACUAAUUGGCUUGUUAAUUCGUCAUGCUACGUUUAUCGAUGAUGAUCUGGCAAAUUCUGGUAUAUUAAGUUCCCUUACAGAUGGCCUCAGGGACAGGCAGGAAAAAGUAAGGAGAUUCUCGAUGGCUGCUUUAGGUGAGUUACUGUUUUACAUAGCCACCCAGAAUGAUCAAUCUAAGGACAAUAAUCCAUCUGAAUCUCAGGCAAAAGACAACAGUAAAUCAGUUCCUGGCUGGCAGGUUCCGAACUCGCUCAUCUCAAUGGUAUCCUCAGUUCUACGUAAAGGAGAGGAUGAUAUAACUCAGCUUUAUGCCCUGAGAACAAUAGAAAAUGUAUGCAGUCAAGGGGGUCAUUGGGCUACACGAUUCACUAGUCAAGACGUGAUCAGUAACCUAUGUUACAUAUACCGUGCACCAGGAAAACAGGAGAGCAUGAGGAUGACUGCCGGUUCAUGUCUGGCUCGACUUGCCCGGUUCAAUCCUUCUAGCAUCCAAUCAGUCAUGGAGAAACUAUCCUUCAAGGAGGCAGCAGCUUCAAUUAUCAAAGGCAAUGCUCGUGAACAGCAGAUAAGUUUGAACCUCCUAAACAUGGCCAUGCUCGGAAGUCAUUUGUUCACAAACAUUGGAAGGCAUCUUCUGCCUCUCGUUGAAGAUAAAAAUCUCGUGCCCUCUCUUGUUUCUCUUGCCGAGCAGGGUAGUGAAAUCUUGAAAGGGAAGGCACUAGUUCUCAUUGCACUUCUCUGCAAGAAUGGUAGGAGGUGGCUCACACACUUCUUCUGCAACGACAGGCUACUGUCUUCUGUGGACAGGCUGGCCAAAGAGAAAGAUGGCUUCCUCCAGCAAUGUCUUGAUGCAUUUUUGCAUGUUUUUUCAUCAAUUGUACCUAGCUUGUUGGAUUUGAUUGCCGGAGAUAUCCAGCAAAUGAUCGGAGGAAGACGGCAUGGCCAGAUAUCUGGCACUCCAAGUCGGGUUGCUUCUAAGACCAGCGUACACUUCUUCCCGUUUGUCCUUCGACUUCUUGGAAGUUUGUCCUUGAAGCUUAGGGUGGUGAACAGCCAUGUGCUGCAACAGCUGGCCACCCUAUUAAAACUUAUGGAGACUUCAUUUCAGGGGAGAGAUGACUUCCAAAUCACGCUUCUUCAAGUUCUCGAAUCCAUUGUAGAGGAGUCUCCUCUGACCUUAGCAAACCCUCAAAUCUUCGUCGGUGAAAUCCUCCCCAGCCUGGCUACUCUGUACAAGGGCAACAAAGACGGCCACGUCAGAUUCCUCUGCCUGAAAAUCCUAUUCCACGUCAUGGUCAUCUUCUUAAACGAACUAUCCCAAGACGAUAAACUCUCCAAAGCUCUGAACUCCAUAGCCAAUGUCCACUUCCUACCACUCUACCCCACUCUCGUCGAAGACGAGGACCCAAUCCCGAUCUUCUCCCAGAAGCUGCUCGUCAUGCUCAUCGACUUCAACUUCAUCAAAAUCUCCGACAUCCUACACGUGAAAACAGUCUCCCAGUGCUUCGGGUUCCUGCUCGGAGACCUCUCCAGCGCAAACGUCAGCAACGUCAAGCUGUGUCUAGCCAUGGCCUCCGCCCCCGAAAUGGAAUCCAAACUUCUCUCUCAGCUCAAAGUAGUUCGAAGAAUUAGCAAUCUCCUGGAAUUCGUCUGCGCCAAAGACAUGGAAGAUUUCCUCGAGCCAACUCUCGGCCUCUGCAGAGCCUUCCUUCUCCGCUCACUCACCGGCGAACAGGGGUCCGCUUUCAGAACCCAACCCUCGCUCUUAACCCCCGCCGGUGGGUUUUCUUCCGGCGGCUCCGUGGACGGAAUACGAGACGUGAUGGACUUCGGCAGCAAUGUCGGUCUGUGGUUGGAACUCAGUUGCAACUCGUCGACGGAGCCGAACGUGGCCGAGUUAGCUUCCGAAUGCGUUGUCUUGUUACUGAAGGCAGCUCCAAGGGAAGCCACAACUGGGUUUCUAACCAACCUGCCCAAGGUCAGCACAAUCCUCGAGCCAUGGCGCAGGGGAGUCCCGUGCCUGAUUCUACUCCGGACGCUGCAUGCUCUUUGCUAUGCUUGCCGGCAGUACUUAUCUCAUGCAAUGAUACUGUCGAUGUCAGUCGCUGAGGUUUCGAGGGUACAGGGGAUAGUUAUGGAGAUCAAGGGUUCCGCCGGCGGCGAUCUCUCCGACGCUGCUUCGCUUGUUGGGUUAGAGUUGCAGCGGCUGCCUCGGCACCUUUGAUGUACUGCUGAAGAUGCGGUAUUAUUGGCGAAGGGUUCAAUCAUUGGUGUAUUAUAUAUCUGCAGAUCCAGGCGCACAGAGCUGAUGAAUCGAUGCAAUGACAGUUACCGAGUUGAUUCAAUGAGCGCUAUACGUCCACACACGAUUCAACGGUCUCACAUAAUGGCUGUGAGCAUUUUAGCAAAAUUGCUGCUAUAAGGUAUCUAUUAUCAGAUUCCUUGAACUCUUAGUAACUUCUGCAAUUUUUUUUUAUCUUUAGGAGCUUUGAAGUACUCUAUAAACCAUCAUCCUAGGAUGAACGGAAUCUUAGCUUCAAACAAACAUAUCAUAUCAAAACAAAAACCCCAACCCAAUCUUUGUUUGUUUCCUCAACAUGCCAACCUUGCAAAUUUUCCAUCAUUGCCCACUCAUCACAUGCUUGAUCCCACCUUUGAAAAAAAGGUCUCCAAUCAAACCCCCCAUUUUCCCCCCUUCUAUUCUUUAACAAAAGCCACCCUACCAAAAGGCUCCUCUCCACUGUCCCCCAACUCUGCCUUUGCUCCUUUUAAAGUGAGAGUUGCUUUCCAUCAUUAGACCCCAAAAAAACCCACAAAAAAAUGGCUUCUUCUUCUUCAUCUUCUUCCUUUUCGCUCCUCUCGAUACUCAUGAUUUCAGCAACCAUCCUCUUCUUCCCUUCUCUCACUACUUCUCAACCUUCCAUCAUCAUCCCAGCUUCUCCAGCACUCCCAGAAAACUCCCCUCCCCUCUCCCCUUACGAAGAGCUCUCCCCUGACAUUGCUCCGUUGCUGCCCACCCCCGGCGGCGAAUUGCCGUCGCCGUCGGUGGCUUCCAUCCCCACCAUUCCUUCCAACCCAAGCACUCCUAACCCGGACGAGUUCGCCGCCGCACAAGGCCCCGCCGCCGCCGCUUACGGCCCUUCUUUCUCACCACUCGGCUCUCUCCCAGUUUCCUCUGCAUUUUCUCACAACUCUCCUUACUUAGCACUCUCUGUACUCUGCUCUGCAAUUUUCUCUAUACAGCUGCUAAAAACGUGGAGCUCUUGAUUCUUGAGCAUCCCCGCUUAGUUUCCUUGUUCAUGGUUCAGUCACGAGUGUGUUUUACUGUAAGUAAAGUUAUUUCAGUGUUAGUGGUUUCGGUGCAACUCUGUAGAUGCUCUUAAUAUUGUCGUUUAUCUUUAAUGGUGUCGUCGUUUUGCGGAUGCAAUGUGUUCAAAAUUGCAAUUGAAAGAGGUGAGAGCGUGGGCACAUGGUGCUUGUGCUUGCUCUAUGACACAGUAUGGGAAGCCAGGUCAGGUUGUUUUGUUUGUAUUGGGUAAAUAAUACAUAUCCCCACAUGUGAUUUGAGGCACAAACCAACAAGAUCUUGGAUUAGGUGGGAGGUGGGAAGGAGGGAACAUUUCGGUUGAAAACAUCUGCCAUCUUCUGCUUUGGUUGAGUGAUGGGGUAAUAUAAUAGUUGUCGUUUGGGUAAGUCUUGGAUCUAGGUUUUGUCAGCAGCUUGUGUCAUCAUUAGGAAGCUUUUCUUCAAGCUUUGUAUGAUUGAGAGUCUAAUAAUUGGCCUGAGAGAUUUCUAAUAAGUGGAUCUAAACAAUAUACUUGGGAACUUUGAUAUUAAUUACCUAUAUAUGCAGAAUUGCACAGUAUCGAUGGUCCGACCGAAAAAACUAUCUAUCGAAGUUCAAGUUGAUAGGUGGUUUUAGCGUAUGAAAUUGUAAAAUCAAUGUUUCAGCACAAAAUAUGUUACCGGUAACUGUUUAAGUACAAUCUUCGAUGCGAAGAAUUGUAAGACUUGAAUUGAAUAUUUAAUGAGGAAGAAAAUUGUUUCUCUGGGUGCCCUAUUCAACGGAGAUAACCUCGUAGGCAUGAGCUGGUUAUCCAUGAUACACAAAAGAUGCAUUAAAAAGGUUAAUUAAGUUAUAUCUAAAAUGAUCAAUUACUUCUUGCGAAUAUGGCUAAGAG